AUGACCCUCUCGCACAUUUUGAUGUUCACGGCUCACAGGCUGUCGGGACGCUACCCAUGGGCAACAGAGCACGCUCAGCAAGCAUACGGUGAUUUCGUCCGGAUCGCACCGAAUGAGCUUCUCUUUGCAACCUCGCAAGCAUCCAUCGACAUAUACACCCCGCAUGUGAAGAAUCAUGAGUCUUUCAUCAAGUCUGACAUCAACGACCGUGGGGACGAGCAUGGAGGCAUUCUUUUUGAACGGGAUCCUGCUCGUCACCGCAUAGUCGCCAAGCAACUGGCCCCAGCCUUCAGUUCUCGUGCAAGCAUGGCCAAGGAGCCCGUCAUGCACAUGUACAUUGAUGCAUUUGUUGACGCAAUUGGGGCUAGUAUGGCUCAGCAGACAGAAGGAAUCGAUUUUUCAAAGUGGUGUAAUUGGCUGGCCAUGGACACGUCGGCAGACAUGGCGUACAACCGCAAGAUGCACGAAAUGAAAGACAUGAGGAACUCAGCCUAUCUCGAGGUCCUCCUUGGCUUUAAUGCCUUUACAACUCUCGAGCAAGUCUCGAAGAGAUUUCCCUACGUCAGUCGGGUAAUCAAGCCAGCCCUCUUCACCUAUCUACCCAAAUCAUCAUUGAAAUCCAUCCCCGAGAUGGUAAGAACAGGUCGUGAAGAAGUUCAGCGACGCAUCCGACAAAAGGGAAACACCGAACAUCUCGACUUCUUCGAGCAAAUGGUUCCAGCCCGAGAUCCUAUGCCGACUGACCCCAAGGAAAUGCGGCAUCUGGAACAGGUCGCCUCUCAAUUAUUGUUUGCUGGUUAUGAGCCCAUAUCUUCCUGGUACUACAGCACCUUGUUUUUCCUUCUCAAAGAUCGCGCGGCGUGUGAGAUAUUGGCCGCGGAGGUCCGAGGCGCUUUCAAGAGCUACAAAGGUAUAUCAAUUCAAGCCCUGGCUUCCCUCAAGUACCUGAACGCCUGCCUUGAGGAAUCACUACGCCUCUUUCCGAGUAACAACACUGGACUGCCGCGGAUAAGCCCAGGAGCUGUGGUAGAUGGGAAGUACAUCCCGAAAGGAGUAGGUCUUCCACUUUCUCAUGUUACGAAUCAGAAGGACAAGGAAGAAGACACUGUUGCCUUCUAA